UUUUCUCCUCUUCUCAACUUUCCUCUAUCCUGAAGAAAUGUGAGUUCAGAGCGGAGCGAGGCGCGGAGGAAGCUGAGGGAGUGCACGGGAUUGGUGGAUUCGCUCAUGUACAUCGUCCAAUCCCAGAUUGACUGUAAAGACGUCGACAACAAGCUGAUAGAGAACAGCGUGUGUCUGCUGAGGAACCUGUCCUAUCACGUGCACCGUGAAAUCCCCGGCUGUGAGCGCUACCAGGAGGCCGCGCCCCUCAACCAGGGCCCCGCCCCCUCCAGCCAGAAGGGAGGCUGCUUCAGCUCCCGCAAGAGCAAAGAUGAGUGGUUUUCCAAAGGUAAGAAAGAUGAUGAUGCAGCUGCAGACAUAAUAGACAUUCCAAAGAGGACCGUGCCGGCUAAAGGCUACGAGCUGUUGUUCCAGCCUGAGGUGGUUCGCAUCUACACCUCUCUGCUAAAAGAGUCCAAGAACCCCACCGUACUGGAGGCCUCGGCCGGAGCCGUUCAGAACCUGUGUGCCGGACGCUGGACCUAUGGGCGCUACAUCCGCGCCUUGCUGCGGCACGAGAAGGGGCUACCCAUGAUGACGGAGCUGCUCGCCCAUGGCAACGACCGCGUGGUCCGUGCCAUGUCCGGAGCCCUGCGCAACAUGGCCAUCGACGCUCGCAACAGAGAUCUCCUAGGGAAACAUGCAGUGCCUCACCUGGUGGCCAACCUGCCCGGCGGCGGGCAGAGUCAGCCGGUGCGAGCGCUGUCGGAGGAGACGGUGGUGUCGGUGUUGAGCACGCUCCAGGAGGUGCUGGGCUCCAGCCUGGAGUCCGCCAAGACCCUCAGAUCCUCGCAGGGGAUCGAGAGACUCGUGCUCAUCAACAAGGACGGGAAUCGCUCUGAGCGGGAGGUGCGUGGGGCCGGCCUGGUGCUGCAGACCGUGUGGGGCUACAAGGAGCUGCGGCGCACUUUGGAGAAGGACGGCUGGAAGAAGACUGACUUCAUGGUCAACCUCAACCCCCCCAGCAACAACACCAGGGCCAACGGAGGAUACGAGGACAGCACCCUGCCGCUCAUAGACAAAGGUCAGGAGCCAGAGGGGAAGCAAGUGUUUGAUGUCUAUCCAGUAAAAUGAUUGUUUGUUGAGAAGAAUUUGCCUGGCCUCCUUA